UGACUUUGCAGUGCGAGUCGACUCCUAAUGUUCACUUAAAAGAACCGAUUUAAUUGGCAGACUCGUUUGCAAACGGUACAUCACUACUAGUUCGCCAGCGAGGAGGGAAGAGAAAAUGGAGGACAUAACUUUGCGUUGACCGUGUUGCAGACAUAAGACAUUUUUAAAUUUCCUGUGAUGUUUAUGCACCAGGAAGUGCUGUAAUUGAUCACUAAUCCCAGUUUAAAAAGACCUGGAAGACACUCGAACAGAUAAUUUGGUUUGAAACGUAGUGAUUGACUCCAACACCUAUGGAGGGGAUUGUGAGCCAUGAGCUGACCCAAACUCCUGAGCCUCAGUCCAGCCAGGAUUUGGAUUCUAGCUCACAAGUUCCAGCUGCCAUUACUGAGGAGGAGAAAGAUGACAAAGACCAAGGUGAUGCAGCCCAUGAAACAAUAGAGAACACUGAAAAAACAACCGAUACCCCUGGUGAGGUGAAGAAGACUUGGGGUUUUAGACGGACCACUAUUGCAAAAAGGGACAUGGCCGGAGAGAUUGCAGGUGUUGCAGGAAGUCCAGACGCUCAAGGAACGCCCGUUCGCCGCAGCGGUCGCCAGGCCAAACGAACAGAUAAGCUCGAGGAGUUUCUAGUGACUGUAAAGCGAGGGAGAGGCGGAAGACGCAGCGCUCCCGCUCAGCUGGAAAUCGGAGAUCCUCUGUCCGAGACGACGUCGGAGGCCAGCUUUGAUGGAAGUGUAGAGCCUAAAGGAUCUGACAGCAAACCAACAUCUCCUGUAAGGAGAACCAGCGGUAGGGGCAGGAGGAAGGUCGCUUCACCCAAAGUUGGCACAGCGGACUCUUUAAGCGACGGCGAUAGUUCUGAGAAUGAAGAGGAGUCCCUUAAAGAUAAGACAGAGACUGAAACCGAAACUGGUGCUGACGAUUGCACGAUGGAGGAAUCUCUGAAUGAGAUACAACAGGACUCGGAGAAGCAAGAUGACGAGAAGGAAGAGGACAGCAUAGAGGACGCUCCUGCAAACAGACUGCUCUCCAGAAGCCCUGCAAAAGCAGGCACCAAGAAAGAUGCCAAGCCCAGAACGGGACCAAAGACAUUAAAGGAAAGUGAAGAGGAGGACGAUGAGUCCUCAUCCAGCGACACUGAUAGUGACUAUUAUGACCCUAAUGCACUUUACUGCAUCUGCAGACAGAAACACAACAAAAGGUUCAUGAUCUGCUGCGACCGCUGCGAGGAGUGGUUUCACGGAGACUGUGUGGGCAUUACGGAGGCACGCGGUCGCCUGAUGGAGCGCAAUGGUGAGGACUACGUGUGUCCCAACUGCACAAGCAAGAAAGCCCAGUGUGCCAGGUCGCCAGUCUCUACAGCGGUACCUGAAAACGGCAAACCAACCCUUACUGCUCUGGGUGGUGCGUUCAAGCCAGAGCCAAGUCUGCUUCCUGCCAGUCAAGCUGCCAUGUUCACAGAUACUACUAACACUACCACUACAGUGGCUGCAGAAGAAAAGGAGGGAAAUGAUCUGGGGAUCAAGGGCAGAAUUGAAAAAGCAACCAACCCAAGCGGCAAAAAGAAAAUAAAGAUUUUCCAGCCGCAGGUGAUGCAGACUGCAGAAGAAUCCUCUCUCCCCAAGUGCAUCGGUCCUGGCUGCGAGAGAGACGCUCAGCCCGACUCUGUCUACUGCGGUAACGACUGCAUCCUUAAACAUGCUGCAGCUGCCAUGAAGACCAUCACCACCGACAGCAAGGAGACCAAACCCAAGGAUAAGGCCAAGGCGCAGAAAAAGCCCACACUCAAGAGUUCCGAUCCUGAGCGGAGGAGCACCAGGAGGUCCACCGGGUCGGUGAGCAAAGCCCAGGAGGACUCGUCCGAGCCCGAGAGCCACAGACAAGAAGCCGAUGACACGGACGAAGAAGACCGAAUCGCAGAGGAGCAUCUGCCACCCCCAGCCAUGUCUUCCUGGUCCAGCGAUCAUAAUUACAUUGCAGUAGCUCCAGAAAAGACUACACCCAUAUCACCAUCUGUGUUAAACAAAGCGUCAGCCCCUAAGAAGGAGGAAGAGGAAAAGAAAGAAGAAGCCGAGCCAGAAAAGAAAGAAGUUCCUCCUGUAGAGAAGAAACCCACAGUGACGACUGCAUCCCCCAAAGGAGGAAAGAAGUCUCCGGUUUCCAAGACGCCCAAGUCUGCUCCUAUUACUUCACCCAAAAGAAAACUGAGAAGUACAUCCACUAGCAGUGCUAAGGACUCGAAAAAGCAGCAUUUAUCCCAAAAUAAAGCCAAAAAACCAGGGCCACCCCCUCCUCCUAUACCAGUUUUCUCUUCCUCUGGUCCCCCUGGAUCACGAAUCCAUCCAACUGGAGCCUUGAGUGUCAGCAAGAGCACCUUCACCAUCCCUAAAAAGCCCUCGCAGACUGGGGUGAAGGAAUCCUCAGGUUCUGGACCCUCUUCUACAUCCAAAAAGCCUCCUGUGCCUGUUUCCUCUACCACCAAGAGUCAGCCACCAGUCUCUAAGCCAGUGCAGUCUUCAGUUCCUGCUCUUCCCACUCAACCACCACCCAACAACCAGAUGAGGUCCAACAUCCGUCGUUCGCUUACUGACAUCUUGUACAAAAGGGUGAGUGACAGCGAUGAUCUCUCCAUGUCUGAAAGUGAAGUGGGCAAGCUGGCAUUCACCAUUGAGAAAGAAAUGUUUAACCUGUGUAUGAACACAGACAACAAGUACAAGAACAAGUACAGGACUCUCAUGUUUAACCUGAAGGACCCUAAAAAUAAGGGUCUGUUCUAUCGUGUGAUUGGUGGAGAUCUCAGUCCAUUUCGGCUAGUAAGACUCAGCCCUGAGGAGCUUCUUUCCAAAGACAUUUUCGAGUGGAGAAAAACUGAACCUGCAGAGAUUUCAGCAGCUGGUGGAAAAUCACAGACAGGGCAGUUCAAAGCUGGGUCCAAACAGGAGGCACCUCCAGCAGAUGUUGACAUGGAAGACGCUCCCUCAAUAUCUGAUGGAGACGAUCACCCAGAGUCUCGUCCUUCUGCUCCACCUCAGGGUUCUGGAUCAGCAGCAAAGAACAGCGCUGUGCCUGACAUCUUGAGUAUGUUUAAGGACACCACGGCAGAACACAGGGCUCACCUGUUUGACCUUAACUGCAAGAUCUGCACAGGUCAGAAAUCGGCCGACGACGAACCUGCAGCCAAAAAGCCUAAGAUCUCCGUUCCUAAAAAGCAGGACAUUCCAGAAAAGCCUGUAACAGAGUUACCUGCUGCUUCACAGUCUGGAAGUGAAGCACCAAUACCUAAUCAGCCGAGCGGUAUGGGAGAUACGAGCAGCGUGGCACCUGUCGUCCAAGCUCCUUUGGUUAACCCGGUUUCCUCAGUCACGAUAAGCAGACGUGACCCUCGUAUGGCCAGUUACCGCUCCACUGCACCUGUGGCUCAGGCUGAACCUGUUGCUGUUGCGCCUGUUGCACCUGGGGCACCUAUCACUGUGCCUUAUGCCAACCUUGUGCCCUCAGAAGCUGCUGUGGUGGAGAACAAAGGGCCGUUGCCUCUGCCGCCUGUAGCUCCGCUGUCUCUGCCCAAGACUAAAGCAGAAUCACGGCACUAUGGGGCUAGCGCAUCCAGCACGGCCGAGCCCCCUCCCGAAGGUGAGACAGCUCUGUUCCUGUCAGGACAGGAGAUGUUGUGGAAAGGAUUCAUCAACAUGCACUCUGUCGCCAAGUUUGUCACAAAGGCUUAUCUGGUUUCAGGUUCCUUUGAGCAUCUCAAGGAGGACUUGCCAGAUACCAUUCAUAUUGGUGGUAGAAUAUUGCCACACACAGUUUGGGAUUACGUGGGUAAACUGAAGACGUCGGUGUCAAAAGAGCUGUGUCUUAUUCGUUUCCAUCCCGCGACCGAAGAGGAGGAAGUCGCAUACGUGUCCCUAUUUUCUUAUUUUAGCAGCCGCAAACGAUUCGGCGUGGUGGCCAACAACAACAAGCGCAUCAAAGACCUCUACCUUAUCCCCCUGAGCUCGACGGAUCCACUGCCUGCUAAACUUUUACCGUUCGAUGGACCAGGUCUUGAGCCAGCUCGCCCCAAUCUUCUUCUCGGAUUGUUAAUCUGUCAAAAAGACAAGAAACGGCCCGGCGUUCCUCUAGAGAGUGAAGAAAAACGCUCUAAAACACAGCGGGAUGACGAGACAGGCCUUCCAAAAGCAAUUCCUGUUAGUAAAGCUGAUGUGCGAACCAGUCUGGAACCUAUGAGCACUACUCCACCCGGAACUCCACCACCACUUAGCAGUUCCGAGUCAUCAGUAGGUCCACCUGGAACAUCUGCAUCAUCAGUGUUUUCCAUCUUGUCUUCAGUCAAGGCACCUGGUGUAACCGCGAGCACGAGCAGUAAUUCCCCGUUAGCCUCCACUACCACGGCCACGGCCACGUCUUCUGCGACCCCGCUUCAGACCAUUUUAAAGACAUUGUUUGGCAAAAAAACUCAAGAUUCAGAAGCUUCUCAGUCACCUUCAGACACUUCAGCAGAUGCUGCGUUUCCUCUGCUGGAUCCAAUAGUUGAACAGUUUGGAAUUAUUAAUAAAGGUAAAAAAGUAGCUGAAGAAGAGGAUGAUAGACCCUAUGACCCUGAAGAAGAAUACGAUCCAAGUGUUGCUUUUGGUACAGAAAAUUCUAAAGAUUCUUUGGUUUCUAUAUCCAACAAGCAAGAGGAGGUCAAGACUAGUGUGGAUGAUGUUGAAUAUGAUCCUGAAGAUGAUUCAAUUUUUGACGAGGUUAAGUCUGAUCCAGGUUCCAAGAAGCAAACAGAAGAACAGGCUGAAUUACCACAGCAGCAGCAGCAACCUGAAGAUGUAGUAUCUGUACCUGCUAAAUCUCUUCUAGCAAGCAGUCAGUUGCUUCAGCUUGGUAAAAGCUUGGUUGAGGAUUUGGCUGCAAAAAGCUCUUCUACUCCAGUUAUUAAUCAAAGAAGGGAUCCCAGGCAGAGUAGGGACCACAGACAGGCUGCCAGUUUUAGGACAAGCACUGACUCUGUAGAGAAGGAAGAGUCCCCUGCUGUUACUUCUAAUACUGCUUCUACCACUAUAACAGAUACAACAACUGUUGCUACAUUAAUAACAGACAACAAAACGCUGGAGAUUGCUGUGAUUCUGGACACAUCGACAUCACAGCAACCUAAAGCUGUAGAUACUUCCGUGCAGCACACUUUAGCUGUUGACACAACAGAACCUUGUGCAUCCACAGACACCCCAACACAAGAUGAUGCCUAUGUCGACUCCCAACAACUGCAUCCUCCUGCUGGUCAGUCAGAGACAUCCAAGCAAGAGGAGGAGCCAGAAAAUGAAGAGGAACCUUUAGAGGAAACGGAAAACUCCGAAAUUUGCAUUCCACUUUUAGGUGAGAAAAUUGACCCUGAACUAGUGGAGAGUUAUAUUGAUACAGAACCCGAAGCAAGUUCCAAUGAGAAGGAUGAGAAGGAUUCUUCUGAAAACAAAACUUUUGAAAAGAUUUGGCCAAAUUCUGCUAGUAUCUUAAAGUCAAAGCCCUUAGAUGAUCAGGUCUCUCCCAUGGAAGAUUCUGCAAAAUCUUCUUCACCUACGUAUUACAACAUCUCAACGAUCAGCACCCCAAUCACUUCUAUUAGUCAGCCACAAGAUAUCACUCAAGCAGGUUCAUCCUACAUGGAUUCCCAUGGUUCCCAUAUGCCACAAAUGAUUCCAUCAAACUCACAAGCUGAAUACCACGGUCCAUCUGACAUUCCCCCUCCUGUGUCAUUUCCACCACUAUCUGGGCCUCCACCUAUGCUUGGCCCACAACAACAAAUGAGCGUUCCACCACCCUUGCAUAUUUCAGCUCCAAUGUCAGGUCCACCUCCAAUGCAGAUUCCCCCACCAAUGCAAAUGCCCCCACCAAUGCAGGGCCUGCGUCCACCUCAUGGGGAAACCGAGCUGUCUCGGUUUCCACCGCCUAGACCAUAUCUACCCUAUCAGAAUCAAUGGGGAAACAGUCAACAGUUUGAUGCUUCAAGAGGACCGCCUCCACCAGUUAUUACACCUAGAGGCCCUCCACCUCAAAUUCCACCAAUGGGUCAGCAAGGCCCUCCUCCUCCUCCUCAAAUAUUCAAUAGUAACAUACCACCACAUCAUAUUGCACCUCAUGGCCCACCUCCUGGCCUCCCUCCUUCUGGCCCACCACGUCCGGCCUUUGACGGACAAAGAUUUAAUGCCCCUCCUCCACCCUUCAACUUUCCUGGACCUAGAGGCCCACCUCCACCAUUUGCAAGUCCACCUCUUGGUCACUUUGAAAACAGAGCACCACAACCUCACUUCCUUGGUCCAAGAGGCCCACCUCCAUCUCACAACAUUGGGGAACCUGGAUCACUACCUAACAUCCCAAGAGGACCUGGUGAUCAAGAUAUUGCAAGUUAUCAGCAAGGGAUGGAACCACCCCAUGCCCAGGCUGGACCUGCAUUUAGGGCACCUCCACCAAACCAUUUUGAUGGACGAAGAGGCCCCCCUGGUUCUGCAGGGGAUUUACCAGGACACAGGUUUCCACCACCAAAUCAAUUUCAUAGUUCAACUCAGCAUAGAGAACCAUUUGAAGACUCAAGAGGUGGUACUCAAGACUUUGACCGGCACAGGGGACCAGCGCCUCAGCAUUUUGGCGGGCCAAGAGUGCCCCCACCCGGACCCUAUAGUGACAUUAACGCCGGAGGCCCACCACGCUACCAGUUAAAUGACCAUCCAAAUGAUAUAAGACCUAUAAGGGGACCUUUGUUACCUACACCUCCUGAAAGUCACCUUAAUGUUAUGGGCCGCAUGGGUGGGCAUAGCCCAGAGUCUCACCGUGAUGAGCACUGGAGAAGGCGCUCCCCUGAAAUGCGAAGGCGAAGCAGCUCCACUAGAGAAGGUUCUGAACCUCAAGAGAGCUCUUUAAGGGAAGACAUACAGGAAGACAGGAGGAGAGACAGAGACCGGGAUGGGCCGCAUGGUGGGUUGUCACGGGGCUGGAACAGGGAUCGUGAAUGGAAUCAUGGCAGGGAGAGAAGUAGAGAAAGGGAUAGGGAGAGAGACCACAGGGACCGGGAGGGUGACAAGGAGUUUGACCGCAGCAGGGAAAGGGGCAGAGACAGAGACCGAGACCGUGGCAGAGAGACGGAACGCAGCAGGGAGAGGGGCAGAGACCGAGACCGCAGUAGGGACAGGGACAGCAGGGAAAGAGAUCGAGGUAGAGACACUGAACGUCACAGAGAAGACGGGGACAAGAAGAGGGAUCGGGACCGGGACCGAGACCGGGAGAGGGAAAGAGAUCGUGGCAGGGAGAGAGAAUCAGACAGGAAAGAACAUGACAAAGACAGAGCAAAGAACCGAGACCGAGACCGAGACAGAGAUAGAGAUAGAGAUAGAGAGCGUGACCGGGAUAGACACAGUAGAGACAAAAGACGAGAGCGCUCAAGGAGUCGUGAAAGAGAGCGUGGAAAAGACCGAGAUAGACGAGAUCGGGACCGAGACAGAGAGAGGGACAGAGAAAGGAGGGACAGGAGCAGAAGUAAAGAUAGAAAGGAGGAGAGAAAAGAAAGGUCCGAGACCGUGAAGGACACUGAGAAGUCUCCUGAUACUGAAGUCGCAAACUAAAUUUCCCCCCACUACAGAUCUUGAGGUCUAUAAUAUUUAGAAAUGUUUAACAAGCUUUAGUACUUUGGCAUUUUCCUGAACAGAUUUGCAUGGAUAUUUCACAAGUGUUCUAUGUGUAAAAAAACAAACUUUGUACUACAUAUUUUACAAUUUUUGUUACAUUUAAGGUUAAUGGUUUUGUACAUUUGAGUUUAAAGGACGAUGCGUGUUGUGUACUCUCCUCUUAAAAUAUAUUUUAAGAGUACAUUCGAUAAUGGUUAAUAAAUAAAAACUUGUAAAUACGUAUUUGUGUAUAUACAUGUAUGUUUUUAUUUUUUUCAUAGAAAAGUGAAGCCAUAUAAUUAUUGUAAACUUUAAACAAAUUACUUGUGCAGUAAAACUUUUAGCAACUUUUUCCUGGAACCAACUGUCACACAGCUGUCCUGUAAGCCGCAUCAGGUUUUGUUCAUUAAACCUUUUUUUGUAUGA